AUGUUGAAAUACUCCUUGAAGAAACAGAUGCAAUCAGUCUCAUUACACAAGCUGCAGGAUAUGUUCAUAUAUGAAGGACCAGAUAUGUUUUCAGAGGGACCAAAUGAGAUGAGUUUCCAAAAAGAGACCGAAUAUCAUUGCGGCGGUGUAAGAGAGCGACAGAGUUGUUGCGGCCGUUCAAGAACGUACGAUGGGACUAGGUUCCUCCAGAUGAGAGACCAGGUUCCUAGAGCGUUGAAAAGUAAACUCCACAGCUGUAAAGUUGCCGACAACCGUAGCAGCGAUCAAGAAGACAAUGCAACGAUGCAGAAGAAGAAUACAACGAAGAGAGGACCAAGUAUGGUUGAGGAUAUCUAUCCUAGACUAUUCUCUGUUUAUCUUAAGGAGAAGACAUGGUCUUGUAGGAGAUGGAACUUAACAGGAAUACCUUGUAAUCAUGCUAUAGCAGCUAUAUGGGUUAAGAAGGAUGAGCCCGAAAUGUAUGUUCAUGAAUGCUACACUGUUGAAAAGUACAUGAAGAGUUAUAGUCCAUCCAUCUUGCCAAUUGUCAGCUCUGAGCAAUGGCCUCAGAUAGUGAUUGAACCACCACUGCCACCCAUAUACAAAACACAACCAGGUAGACUAAAAAAAUUAAGGAAGAAAGGGGUUGCUGAGACAACUCAAAAAGAAUCGGAUUCUGGAAAGCUUACCUUGUUAAAAGCAUCAAGAAAAGGCAGAAAAAAAAAGUGCGGAUCAUGUGGAAGAUUAGGGAAUAAUAGUAGAAUAUGCCCUAUUCUUAUGGGAAACAGCCACUCUGAAGUUCAACAACAACAAUUCCAUCAGCGAUUCGAAAGGGAAGGCCCUUCUCCACCUAGUAAUGCAACAGAAGUAACAGAAGUUUCAAGCACCAUUAUUGAGAGUGCAACAUCAAUGUAGUCCAGUUCCUCAUUUGUAACUGAACAAAUUGUUAAUCAAUUUAACUAGACCAGGGUACCUCAAUAACAAUUGAAGAGUUCUACAUUCAUUUUAGAAGAAAUAGGUGAGCAUUCCAGAGAAGAUACAAGGCCACUCUUCAUCGAGAGAAUCGGAAAACAAUAAAUACCACAGUCAAGAUUACAAGAAGCGCUUUCUCAAAGUAGCAAGAGAGUUGGAAGUGUCCCACAGGCCAAGAAGAAGAAUUAU